UUAUGAGUCUUAUUUUUGUAUAAAUAUUUAUAUCGUUUUAAAUGUUAUGAUUAUUUAUUUGUGUUGCUCCAAAUGUCUGAAUAAAAAUGACUGCUAGUGCAGAAUGGCGCUUUUUGGGUGGGUGGGUGGGUGGGUGGGGGGGUCGCCCAGGGAGCCAUACAAACUAGAACCGCCACUGCUUUACAACACUUCCACCAUCAGUAUUCCUGUCUCCCGGGAACGUUGGAUUUGACGAAUUGGGGCGCGCGCUAGAAUGUGUGCUAUGUGCCCGCGCAUCAUCCCUGAUGAGAACCCGCUGUACGAGCUUUAUGAUACCCUAGGCUACUACAGUUCCACGAGUUGGACUGUUUUUCUAUUUAGGUUAUGCAUUCAUCGACAUAAAUACAUAACAUCAAGUGAUAACAGCAUAUGAAAAGCACCUCGAUCUAAAUGUGAUGCGAGACACCGUCUCAUAUUAUUCGCACCAUCUCCCGUUCCCGCCUCUUGAUAUUGACUUGCAUACUGUUUCGCGCUCUCUCUCUCUCUGGUUGUCCUGGUGAUAACGAGAUAGAGGAGCCUUACAACACUGAAUCCAAGAGACAGAGGGAUGAGAUAGAAACGGUUGGAGCGUGUAUCUGCAUUCAUUAUAGCCUAAUUAUUAAAUGAUGUGGGACAUAUCCUAUUGACUAAAAGCCUAGCAAAGCCAUAAAAUGCGUCUUUCAUGAUAUGUUCAUGGAUUGUUUGACCUGCCAAAAAUGUUUUACUCGGGCUGCGCUAUUUCAGUGUUGUUGAACUAGUUAGACACGCUUUUUUCUCAUAAUUAUUGAUUUCUUACGCCGCCAACCUGAAGUUCAUCGUUAUCAUCUUGGCCGCCGGGAUGGUGGCCUUCGUUGGAGCAGUCAUCUGCAUCAUCGCCGCGGUCCAUACCGGCUCCGCUGCCGAAUCUACCCAGCAGCCUGUGGCAGACAACCAGUCGCAGUCUCCAUACGCUGGAGUGCAGCAGACUUUCCCCGGGGGAUCCGUGGCGCGAGCGGGUCCCCUGGGCGCUAUCCAUGGUUCUGAAAGGCAGCACGGAGAAGCGCCCACCUUCUUCCACGUCGCCAGCGGCUUUGAUGCCCUCGGUGGAACUAGGCAGGUUAGUCAACUUAUCUGCACCCCAGUACCCGCCGGAGAAUGCAACCCCAAAAACUUUCAGCAACAAGCCGAAGACCCGUCGCUGUACGCCGGAGAAGACUGGGGAUACCUCCGCACCACGGCAGAGGAACUACAACAGACAGUGCUCCAGCAGAAGGACCAGAUUAUCACCGACCAGAGGACCAUUAGGGAUCUGUCAGGCAAGCUUUCGGAGUGUGAGAGCGGAAUAGAGGGGCGUAGAGGCGCGGGGCUCUGGGGAGGUAAAAGGGUAUAUGAGGUCCGGCUCGUAGUCCGGGACCGUCCUCCGUCGUCGACUGUGGCACAGCUGCUCACCGCUCAGGCUGUGGACGAGCUGGAACAAGCUAUCGUUCAGAUGAAAGACCGCAUAGAGAAACUGGAGUCAGAUCUCGGACCGCUGGCGCUCCCUCACAACGACACAGAUGCAGCAACUGCGAUGACUUCAAGAGGUGGUGGUGGUGGGCUCUCUGAGGCCCCUGAUGGUUGGGGUGAGGCAGGGCCAGGGGGACAGGCAGGGGAUGGACCAAAGCAGUGGCCACGGGUGGAGGAUCUGGAAGGAGAGCUUGAGAGGAAGCUGGAACUCCUGGAGGAGGAGAGGAAGGCCCUGCGAAAGGAAUCCCAAAGACACAGGCAGGAGAUCGACCAGGGGAUGAACUCCUUACACCACCGCAUCGCUGGCCUGGAGGAGGGACUUUCAGAGUACACCUAUCCCGAGGGCUACAAGCUGUCCUUCCCAGUGCGUACCAACUAUAUGUAUGCAGUGGUGCAGCACCCCAUCCCUGAGCUGCGUGCCUUCACCGUGUGCCUCUGGCUGAGACCCACCGAGGGGGGCAUCGGCACCCCCUUCUCCUACGCUGUAGCGGAGCAGCCAAACGAGCUAGUUCUGCUGCAGGGCAUGCACACCCCUCUGGAGCUGCUCAUUAACGACAAGGUGGCGCAGUUACCUCUGAACCUGUCUCGGGGCAGCUGGCACCACAUCUGUGUAAGCUGGAGCCAGAGAGGUGGGGCGUGGCAGGCCUACCAGGGGGGCAAGCUGAGAGGAGAGGGGCAGGGUCUGGCAGCCUGGCACCACAUCAGGCCUGGGGGAGUCCUCAUCCUGGGGCAGGAACAGGACACUCUGGGCGGGCGUUUUGACUCGUCCCAGGCCAUGGUGGGGGAGUUAUCCCAGUGGAACAUAUGGGAGCAGGUCCUGACCCCCAGCGAGGUGUCCAGCCUGGCCCACUGCAGCCAGCACAGCCCCCAGCCAAAGGGUAAUGUGGCCCCCUGGACCAACCGGGAAGUAGAGGUGUUCGGAGGAGCCACAAAGGUGCCCAUGGAGCCCUGCGCUGCCAAACGCACCAACACCCCACUGUGAGGGGAAGGGUGAUAUAGGAUCCAGGGACCUUAUUUAUUUGGGGAAAAAUCAACAGUGAUAACACCAAGUAAAACUGAAAUGAUAACUUAAAAACACAAAAUAUAAAUAUUCAUUAACAAACGUAUAGCUUAUUAGACACAUUUCCACUUCCUGAACACAUUACUUAAAUAAAAAGCAUACAUCGCAAUAUUCUUUUGGACAAUAUUAUAGUGAUACUUUUUGUUGUUGUUGCUAGGUAGUGUUAGCUAGCACUAGUCAGCUAUGCCUGCGCCAGAACGCUGGUAUUUUGUUGCUCUUCAAUUUUCUUUUAAAAUAGUGAGCCAACAUGUUUUCAAUGCUUUUAUUUCCAUGACUGAUCAAAACUAAUUUUCUCAUGCUCUCUCGUCUCUCUUCAGCAGACAUAUAGAGAGCAAUCUCUUUGGAACAUUAAAAUUGCAAUAAAAUCACAGUAUCGAAUCGCAAUACAUAAAGAAUUGUGAGAAUCAGUAUUGUCACCUACAUGUAAGUAUCAUGAUAAUAUUCGUGAGAUCCCUGGCAAUUUCCCAGCCGUACUGUACGUGUCAUAUUAUACAGCUGUGUUGAAGUAGGGCAAAACAUUGUGGAGGUAACAUAUUUCUAUCUGAACAACUAGUUAUGUAGAACAGCAGAAAUGCCUAACUGACAGUAGAUUAAGGAAUCAUGUCAGCUCUAUUCAUCACAUUUCUAUCUGCAAUGUUCGGUAUAUUAUACAUUGUGAAUUUGUGAAGUGAAUUUAUGGGUGGAGCUUGGGUGAAAGGGAGUAAGGGAAUGGGGAAAUGAGGCGUGUGUUUAGAAGUGGGAGUGACACUGGUUUUGUAACUACUCAUAAAGACUUUAUUUAUCCCUCAAGGGGUAAUUUUGUUUUGUUUUGCAUGUUUUAUUUUUCUAUGUUUUACAUCUAUUGUUGAUUAAGUUUAUUCAGAGCUACAGGACACAGAGUGGGUCGGCUAGGCAUACAUACUUUUGCAUUUCAACUGCUGCUUUGGACUUGGUCUAUGGCCAAGCACUAGGUCCGAGGAGCCGAUUUUGUUUUCUCAAUAGGAGCAAACAAUUGGGUAUCUAUAGCUUUCUCUAUCAUCUGACUUGUGUCUAACUGAAGGGGAUAACUCAAGUGUACAUUAUGAUUUUAUAUAACAUUUUAUAUGCAGACAUUAAGAACACACAAUCGUGUCUGUCCAGUGUUGAUUUUUUAAAUAACUUUUUGUAUCAACUUGUUUCAAAAUAGCAUUCUUACUGUAUCUCUUUUCAUAUUCCUUCUCGUUAACAUUUUUAUAAAUAGUCUAUCUUAGUAAUACAGCAUGUCUAAUCAUUCCCUAUGACUAAUAAGAACUACAGAAACAGAGAUAUGAACUAAUCUCUUUGGCACUAAUUCAAAUUCAGUAACUGUAUCCAGUAAUGUCAAUGUGUGGCUUAAAUUGAUCCAGAAAAUAUGUCUUAGAGUUGGGCAGUGCUGUUACCCAAGCUCAUUGAAUAACUGUGUUGCACAAUAUGGUAUAGCACAAAGUUUGAUACUUUCUAGAACACCAGAAUAAGUAUUGGUACCAAGUUGUACUGUCAUGUAUAAACUGUGUUAUAUAAUGCUUUUAUAUUCAAUGUAAACAGUGAUAUGAAUAACAAUGGGUUUAAAUGCAUGUCAUUAUACUGCAGACGUGUAUUCAUUUUACAUAUCAAUGCACAUUCAUAUAUAAUUCAAUGUAUGAAAGCCCUCUUCAUCUUCUACACCUUGCCAUCCAGUUACGUGAGGUCUGAGGCCGGGUAGGCACAUUCUAUUGAGGCUCAUAAAGCUACGGUGGUACGGUGUUUAUCGGUAUGACACGAUCACAAAGAUAACCAUCAAACAGCAGCAACCAUUAGACUCGCAUUCACAGGCCUUAAUUGCUUGUGCCUCACUCAGGGGACUUUCAGCACCACAGACAGCGACCCAAAUGCAAGUGAGUCGGUCUACUUGUAAACAGCGCUACACACACAACAUCAAAUCAAAUGUUAUUUGUCACAUGCGCCGAAUACAACAGGUGAGUGAUAUGCUUACUUACAAGCCCUUAAUCAACAAUGCAGU